AUGGUUGCUAGCACCUUUAUCUCGAAGAUCCUAAAAGCCGAAAGGUUUGAUGGAACUAACUAUGCCUCAUGGCAAAGAAAGAUGGGGUAUGUGAUCUAUGAGGAAGGAUUGCAAGAAAUGCUUUAUGGGCAUUGCCCUUAUCGACCAAGGAGCAACUCAUCUCAAGAAACCAAAGAUGAGUACGUUUCAUGGAAGCACAAAAACAUGAGGUGUUGGCACAUUCUAUUGUGUGCAAUGAGUGACUCAUAUGCCUCUGAAUAUGAGUCAAUAAGCAUCGCAAAGGUGAUCAAUGAUAGGCUUAAUAGGGAGUAUGCAGAUCACUCUCUCAUGAAACAAUCCAUGGUCAUGAAGAAAUAUAAUGAAUUGAAGAUGUCCGUAGAGAUGGACCAUAUGCACUCUUUUCGUGUACUAGUCUGA